AUGAAAACUAAAAUUGCAUUUCCUGACAGAUUAAGGGAUACGAUAUCGCAGUUGAAAUUAAAACUUGCCCAGACAGAGGAAGAUGUAAGCUGUCCUGCGAUAUACCGGCUAAGAGCGAAGCUCCGUGAAUUAAUGAGGGGGGGUCAAACGGCGGACCAGCAGGUUACAAAAGUCGUCGAAAGAUCGAUCGAAACUUUGGUGGAUCUCUCGAAAAGCUGCGAGGAUUUACGUCUUGAAAAUGAACGUCUUUCGGCCGAAUUGGCCGAAUUACGCCGUGAAUUGGCGGAUCUCGAGAAAAAGCAGCUCGCAGACGAGUAUCGUGCGGUCGGCCUUCAAGAGGAAACGCUGAAGACAGUUGAAACAACAACAGUUCCAGAGUAUAUAGAUGUGUCGGAGCUGCUGCAGAAGCUUCAAGACUGCGAGCUCGUUGUUUCCGAUUUGAAGCAUCAUCUAGGGGAGAAAGAUAAGGUUAUCGAUGCUCUGAAGAAAGAACUCGAAGCGAUGAUAGCUCAACAAGAUCUGCUGGACCAGAUUGCGGCUAUGAAAGAAGAGCUCGCUAAAAAGGACGAUAAGAUACGAGAUCUUCUGAAUAACAUGAGGCAAUCGGAAAUAAAUUUGGUAGGCCUGACUCACCUUAGCUCGGAGCUGGACUCCUUAAAAUCUCGAUUAUCUGAAUUCGAGAAAGAGAAGGAGUCGCUUCUAGACGAGAUAAAGGAAUUAAAGGAAGCAUUGGUGGACAGAGAUGCUCAAAUAAUUGACUUACUAGAACAAAAAAAUCAGUUGGAACAGGCGUUGUCGGAUAAGAAUGCGGAAACGCAAGAGAUUCUUAAUAACUUGAAGAAGGAGAUAGACGAUUUAGUGUCGCAAAUGGCCAGUUUGCAGGACGAACUCGAUGAGUGUAACAAGCGAAACGCAGAGCUUCAGAAGUGUUGUUUCGAAAGGGGCAGACUGUUAGAGAAAUUACAGAGUAUGGAGGAAGAACUGGCAUUGCUCCGAGACGAACUCGGGGCCGCGAAAGACAUAAUCAGUAGGUUCGAGGAAGAGAUAAACACUCUGAAGGCUGACAAGGAAAAAUUGCUGUGUGAGCUGGACGAGAUUAAGAAACAGGCUGAUGCGCUAAGUGACCAAUUGGCAGAUGAGAGGGCAGCCAAGGAAGCUUUACAAAGAGAGUUUGAAUCAAUUCGGGACGAAAUAGAAGAGUUACGAAGAGAGAAUUCAAAUCUAAAAACUCAGCUCGAAGUUGCAAGGGAGGAAAACGACAAGCUCAAGGAAGCGAAUAAUGGUUUUAAAGCAGAACUGGACACGAUGAGCGUAGAACUCGACAAUUUGAAAAGAGAAAAUGACGAGCUACAAAGGAAUUUAGACGCAACGAAGCUAGAAAAUCAAAAAUUAAAAGAAGAUGUGGCGGCAUUAAAGAAUGACCUUAGAGAUGCCAGAGAAGAGGUGGUCAUGUUGAGAGUCGACAGAGAGGCGUUAAAAGCAGCGGACGAAGACGCAAGGGGUAAGAUGGAUGAACUCGAGUCGCAAGUGGAAGACCUGAAAGCAGUAAAGGAUCGGUUAGCCAGCGAGAAUGCCGACGCGAAGGCUAGAAAUUUGGAAUUGGAACGGGAAUUAGACGAUGCCAUGAAAGCAAUGGAAAAAAUAAAAGCAGAGAACGUUGAUUUACUUGAUGAAUUGGAGCGUCUGAAGGGAGAAUUAGCGACGGCUCGUAGCGUGAUCGAUCAAUUGAAAACGGAGAUUGGUUCUUUGAAAGACGCUCUCGACAAGUGCGUGGGUGAAAUGGAGACGUUAAAAACCCAAAACAGCGAACUCAAGGAGAAAAAUGAGUAUCUACGGGCGGAGAUUGAUCAAUGCAAAGCCGACGGGGACUCUCUGAGAAACGAUUUCGAUCGAGUAAAGAAGGAAUUAAGUGAGGCGAACGCACGACUAGGCGACGCAGUUAACGAGCUGAACAAAUUGAAGGAAGAAAACGAAUUGCUUAAACAAAAUUUGGACCGGCUGGUUGCUGAAAGGGACAAGCUGCAAGCGGGGAUUGAGGAACUUGAAAGCGAAGCGGAGAAGCUUCGAGCGGACUUGGAGAACAGACAUAAGAUAGAAGCCGCAUUAAACGACGAAAUCGAACGAAUUAAGGGCGAGAAGGAUGUGCUGGCGGCAGAAUUAAGUAAACUGAGGGAUGAUUAUUCUGCUUUGGAAAAGGAAACGGAUCGGUUAAAGACACAGUUCGAAGACUGCAAUGCUGAGAAUGCGACGCUAAAGUCGGAGAAGGCUCGGUUAGAAGGUGAAAAUGAGAGGUUGAGGAGAGAAGGAAAUUCGUGUAAAGAAGAGAACGAUAAAUUAGAAGCUGUAGUUGAAGAAUUGCGGAAAGAAAAAGAAUCGUUGAGUGACGGAUUCAAUAAGUUGCGAGAGGAGAAUAGUAAACUGCGAAAGGAUUUGAGUAUUUUAGAGAACGAAGUGGAUGAUUUGAAGACGAAGUUUGAGAAUGAAAGAAAAACUAAUAAAAAUAUGAUAAACGAUUUGAUGGUACUGGACAGCAAGGUAAACGAAUUAAGUCAGGCACUCGAUGAGGCUCGGGCAAAGAAUGAAGCCUUGGCAGAGGAGAAUCAGAAGCUUCAGUCGAAAAUACGGAACAUGGAUCAAGAGAUAGGGGAUUUGAGGUUAGAGUGUGCGGAUUUGAAAUUUGAGAUCGAAAAUUUGAAGCAGCAAAUCGCUAACUUGAAAGCACAGGUUGCUACAUUGGAAGAAGAUGUGGAAUAUUGGAAAUUGGAAAAUUGUAAAGUUAAGAUAGAGGUAGAUAAAUUGAAAGCUGAUUUGGAGAAGGCAUUACUGGAUUUGAGAGAGUGUCAGGCCGCGAAAGAAGCAUGCCACGCAGAGUUAAAUCGACUACAGACUGAAAAAGCCAGCCUAGAUAAAAAAAUCGCUGAUUUAGAAUCGGAAGUUGAACAACAGAAAAAAGACCUGCAAGCGAAAAGAACAGAAAAGGACAAGUGCGACGUGGCGCUCGCUGCUCUGAGGGAUGAGCUCGAGGCGCUAAAAGAAGAGUUGGAAAAUCUGAGGGAGGCUAAUAGAAAAUACAGAGGAGAACUGGAUGACCUUACAAAUCAAGUCGCAGCAUUGAACAAUGAUCUUAACAGAUGUAGGGAAGAAAUCGCAGCGUUGAGAGACAGCAACGAAAAGUUGAAAGCCGAUGUGAAUGAUUUAAAUAUCGAGAAAAACCGGCUACAGGACGAACGUAACAAAUUGAAGUCCGAGGUGGACGUUUUAAGAGCGGAGAACGAGAAUCUUCAUCAGAACCGUAACAAAUUGGAGAACGAAAUCAACAGUCUGAGAGGCGAGGGUGACGGACAAAGAGUAGAACUCGAUGAACUGAGAUCAGAUUUGGCUGCGCAGAAGACAGCAGCUGACAGGCUUCAGUCUGAGAAUGAGAAAUUACAACAGCAAUUAAACGAAAUGAAGGACGAUUUGGACGGACUAAACGACGAGAAAAGACGCCUGGACGCUAAAGUGGAGGACCUAGCCAAGUCGCUUCGGGCGGCGGAAGCUGCAGUGAAAGCUUUAGAAGAUCAGCUGGCGGACUUGCAGGCCGAGAAACAAGAAUUACUCAAUGAACUUCACCGACUCCGCGACGAGCUGGCACGCCUUAUGAACGAGAUUGACAAACACAACACUGCUGCUGAAGCAGCCAUGAAAGAGCUGGCUGACUUAAAGCGGGAGCUAAGUGCUUUAAGAGCGGAACUGGAUAAAACUCGCACUGAAAACGAAGCACUGAUCGCCGAGAACGAGAAACUGAGGUCUGACGUGGCGAAAUUAAAUCAGCAGUUGCGGGCAUCAGAAGGCGAGAACGCGGAGUUGAAAAAGGAGAACGCAACGCUAUCGUCUGGAUUAGCCAUGAUGAAGGAUAAAUUAGCACAAACGGAAAAUCACUUGAACGAUCUGUACAACGAAAAUGAUAAUUUGAAGAAACGGAUCAUUGAUCUUGAAAAUGCAGUGCAAGAGUUUGAUGCAUUGAAAGAACAGUUAAAGGAUUGCGGGGCGGAAUUGGAAAGAUUGAAAUUGGAAUUGCAACAAUCGAAGUUGGAGAGCGAAAAUUUGAGGAACGAGUUGCAAAAUGCUCGGAACGUACUGAACGGAUUAGAAGACGAUUUGAGAAAGAUGAAAGUUCUGAAUGAUAUGUUGCAAGAAGAAAUCGAGAAAUUGAACGCGGUUAUUAAUAAUUUGAAAAACGAUUUGGAUAGUCAGAAGACGAUGAAUGAUAAGAUGAAGGAUGAUUUGGAGAAUCUGAAGACGAUGAAUGGGAAACUUAAGAACGAUUUAGAGAAUCAAAAGACGAUCAAUGAGAAACUUAAAGAUGAUUUAGAGAAUCAGAAGGAGAUCAAUGAGAAAGUUAAACAUGAUUUAGAAAAUCAGAAGGCAGUCAAUGAUGCGAUAAAGGACGAGUUGGAAAAGCUGAAAGCAGUGAACAAUAAUUUAAAGAAAGACUACGAUAAGUUGUUGGCUGAAACUGACGAUCUAAGGUAUGAGAGCUCUAAACGAAAGUCCUCCGAGGCGUCAUUAAAGGACGAUGUGAAUAAAUUGAAGAAGAAGAACGACGAGCUGAAAUCCGAAAUUGCGAGGUUGAAAAAUGAAUUAAAGGACUGCCAGGAUGAAAACAAUAGGUUGUUGAAAGAAUUGGAGAAUCUGAAGAAAGAAAACAGCAGAUUGAAAGAGGAUGCAGAGAGAGCGCCUGUGAUGUACAGAGAUGUCGUGGAUGACAGUGGAGAUUACAUUAGGGCGAAUGAUUUACUGAACAAGAAACUUGAAAAACAAAAUGAAGGCGUGCAACGUGUUCGAGAUUACAUAAUUUACUUAGAAGGGAAGGUUAAAGAUGAACCGAAAAUGGCAGAUAAGAUGGACGACGAUUUAAGUAUUGAUCCAGAAAUGAGAAAAGAGAUAGCAGACUUAUUGAAAAAGUCGCAAAUUCUAUCCGACAAUAUUUAUAAAACUGAAAAGGAAAUUCAAAAUGUUGCGAAUAUCUUGAAACAGCUUCAGGUAACGUUCGAUGCUGAUUCUUGGCUCAACUCAUUAACGUUAACGCAGUUGGCAGAUCUUCAUGACAAGAUUUGCUUGCUAACAUCGGAUAUGGUGCAUCAGGACAAACCGAGCGCUGUCAGCUGCAUGCCGGGUGUUCCACUAAGAGCAGAUUACAAUAUUUUAAAUCAGCGGAUAGCCGCUCUACAGAAACAGAUAGCGGAGAAGCAAAUAGAAACGGGAUGGAAGCUGCAAGAGCUGAAGCGGGCUCUUCGGCAGGAGCAAGCUAACCUAAUUCGAAUCUCUGACGAAAUGAAUUUAGAGAGAAAACGUAAUUUGGCCCUUCAGUUCAGAAUGGAUGAUGCAUCUUAA